CUUGAUUCCUUUGUCAAGACUUUAGAAGCAGACAGAGAUUACUACAAGAGUGAAGCUCAGAAUUUGAGAAAGAUGAUCAGAAGUAGAUCUAAAAGUCCCAGACGCCCAUCUCCAUCUUCCCGGGGUACAAACUGUGAUGUAGAGCUUUUGAAGACAACAAGAGACCGUGAAGAACUUAAGUGUAUGCUGGAAAAAUAUGAGCGUCAUUUGGCAGAAAUUCAGGGUAAUGUCAAGGUUCUUACAUCUGAGAGAGACAAGACGUUUCUUCUUUAUGAACAGGCGCAGGAAGAAAUUGCUCGACUUCGACGAGAAAUGAUGAAAAGCUGUAAGUCUCCAAAAUCUACAACAGCACAUGCCAUCCUCCGGCGGGUGGAGACUGAAAGAGAUGUAGCCUUCACUGAUUUACGAAGAAUGACCACAGAACGAGAUAGUCUGAGAGAAAGACUGAAGAUUGCACAAGAGACAGCGUUUAAUGAGAAGGCUCACUUGGAACAAAGGAUAGAGGAGCUGGAGUGUACAGUUCAUAAUCUUGAUGAUGAACGUAUGGAGCAAAUGUCAAAUAUGACUUUGAUGAAGGAAACCAUAACCACUGUGGAAAAAGAAAUGAAAUCACUAGCAAGAAAGGCAAUGGAUACUGAAAGUGAACUUGGCAGACAAAAAGCAGAGAAUAAUUCUUUGAGACUUUUAUAUGAAAAUACAGAAAAAGACCUUUCUGAUACUCAGCGACACCUUGCUAAGAAAAAAUAUGAGCUACAGCUUACUCAGGAGAAAAUUAUGUGCUUGGAUGAAAAAAUUGAUAAUUUUACAAGGCAAAGUAUUGCACAGCGAGAAGAAAUCAGCAUUCUUGGUGCAACCCUCAAUGAUAUGGCUAAAGAGAAGGAAUGCCUGCAAGCAUGCUUGGAUAAAAAAUCUGAGAAUAUUGCAUCCCUUGGAGAGAGUUUGGCAAUGAAAGAAAAGACCAUUUCAGGCAUGAAGAAUAUCAUCGCUGAGAUGGAACAGGCAUCAAGACAGUCUACUGAAGCACUAAUUAUGUGUGAACAAGACAUUUCCAGAAUGCGUCGGCAACUGGAUGAAACAAAUGAUGAACUGGCUCAAAUUGCCAGGGAAAGAGAUAUCUUGGCUCAUGAGAAUGACAAUCUCCAAGAACAGUUUUCUAAAGCUAAACAAGAAAACCAGGCACUGUCUAAACAAUUGAAUGAUACACAUAAUGAAUUAAAUGAUAUAAAACAGAAGGUCCAAGAUACUAAUUUGGAGGUUAACAAGCUGAAGAAUAUAUUAAAGUCUGAAGAAUCUGAGAACCGGCAAAUGAUGGACCAACUCCGAAAAGCCAAUGAAGAUGCUGAAAACUGGGAAAAUAAGGCCCGGCAAGCAGAGACAGAUAACAAUACCCUUAAAUUAGAACUUAUCACUGCCGAGGCAGAGGGUAACAGAUUAAAAGAAAAGGUAGAUGCCCUCAAUAGAGAGGUCGAGCAGCACUUAAAUGCAGAAAGGUCUUACAAGUCCCAGAUUUCUACCUUACAUAAAUCUCUUGUAAAGAUGGAAGAGGAGCUUCAGAAGGUUCAGUUUGAAAAAGUGUCUGCCCUUGCAGACUUGUCUUCCACAAGGGAACUCUGUAUUAAACUUGACUCAAGCAAAGAACUUCUUAAUCGACAGCUGGUUGCUAAAGAUCAAGAAAUUGAAAUGAUGGAGAAUGAAUUAGAUUCUGCUCGUUCUGAAAUAGAACUCCUCAGGAGUCAGAUGACAAAUGAGAGAAUCUCGAUGCAGAAUCUAGAAGCUCUGCUGGUGGCCAAUCGAGACAAAGAAUAUCAGUCUCAGAUAGCACUUCAAGAAAAAGAAUCUGAAAUUCAGCUUCUUAAAGAACACCUUUGUUUGGCAGAAAAUAAAAUGGCCAUCCAGAGUAGAGAUGUGGCCCAGUUCAGAAAUGUUGUAACACAGCUGGAAGCUGAUUUAGACAUUACCAAAAGACAACUAGGAACAGAGCGCUUUGAGAGGGAGAGGGCUGUGCAAGAACUUCGUCGCCAGAAUUAUUCAAGUAAUGCUUAUCAUUUGAGCUCUACAAUAAAGCCAAAUACAAAAUGUCAUUCACCGGAUCGUGCUCACCAUCGAUCUCCUGACCGAGGCCUAGAUCGAUCACUAGAAGAGUGA